CCUCCAGCCCCCUCCUCCCUUGUCAUUCCUCCCUGUCCUUUCCGCCACCCCCAGAAUCUCUUUUCUCUAUCCCCAGAGCGGAAUGAUCCUUGGGAGUCGCUCAAUUUAUCCCGGAUAGUGCUCGGGGAAAAUGGACCCAUCACCACAGGCGGGCUCAAGCAGUGUCACUGUCGAAUACACCGAUCCCUCCGGACUGUUCUCUCUGGUGCAGCCUGUCAUCGCCGACAAAUUCCCGCUGAAGAACCUCCACUGGAAGUCCCCCACGCGUCCCGUCCGAUCGAUCGAAUCCCUUCGCAUUGGUUUCGUCCCGGCCGCCAAUGAAGCCGACGAGCGCAAGUCCUCCAGCGACACCGCAAGAGGGGCAGUGACGCACCGGCGACAUCAGAUUCCUGGCCUCCGCCAAACGCCCUAUUUGAAAAUAUUCCUCCUUCGCUGCGACGAUAAUGACACCUACAAGAGCACCGCGAGGAAGGCCUUGCGCGAGUGGAUCAAGAACCAUGCCUCCAUGUCGCAUUCCUCCGUUCCAUCCAGCAGCCAGGAGAAACACGAUGCCUUUGAAUGGCUGAUUCUGCAUGUUGUCCAGGACGGCGACGGCACCGAGAAGGCGGCUUCGUCCUCGAAAUGGGGCCGCACCACCACAACGGUGCUCGAGAAGAUCAGGGCGGAUUUCAAUGGCGCUUCGAAGACGGCGGUGGACCGUGUAGCUCAGCUGCGACUGCCCAAGGCUGGAAGUACGCGGAAGCUGCCCGAGCUGGCUGACCAGAUCGAGGACUUCGUGGACAAAACCAAGAAUGCGAUCCUGACGUCCUUCGAUUCACGAGUGGCACAGUAUGAGGAGGAUAUCAAGGAGAAGGAUUCGCAGCGAAGCUUGCCUGGCUGGAACUUCUGUACGUUCUUUAUACUGAAGGAAGGACUGGCCAGGGGCUUCGAGAAUGUCGGCUUGUUCGAGGAUGCGUUACUUGGGUACGACGAGCUCGCCGUCGGGUUGGAUACCGCAAUCGAGGAACAGCUCGAGGGUAGCAGCGAACAGCAUGGCAGUGCUUUCUUGAUGUGCAGCAAAGAUUGGCAAGAGAAGGCCAAGGCGGCCUUGGAGUCGAAGGACUCAUUUCAUCAAGACGAGAAUGAAGACGAGCCGGUGCCGAUUCCAGACCUCGACGCCCAGGAUUUCCCAAUCGAAUCCACCAAGAAGUCCUAUCGCGAGAUGAUCCUGGCGAGCGAUAUCUCCAUUUUCGACUUCCGCACAUAUCUCUAUUCCAGACAGGUAACACUGCUUCUGAGGGCGGCUAGGGCUCCUUCUCUGGCCAACAGCGAGCCGGAUGUGAGCCAAAACUCGACCAAAACACCGAAGAAGCCGGAAGACAUGUUGCUCCUAUCCGAGAUCUGCGAGCGAUCUACAGAAUUCAUCGGUCUCGCAGCGCGAACCCUUCGAUACGACUUGGAGACUGGACUGGCUGAUGUGGACAACCCCGCUAAGCCGGAUGUGAUCAACAACUUGGUUUCGUCAUGGGCAUAUGCUGCUGCGCGGCAAAUUCUGUCCCAAACAUACACCGUGGCCCUCGUGCUUCCCGAAUCCUCUUUGCAAACCAUCAGUAAAGCAGUGGACGGCGCCGCUUCUGCGGAGUCCAAGUCCGAUCUUCCUAGACGGUCGAGCUCGUUAGUGACGCCAAAUGCAACACGCCCGGCCCGGUCAAACACUGAGAGUGGCCCGCCAGAUGCGAUCACGUCUGUUCACUCCCGCUCUAGUAACGAUGCGCCGAAACUCGCACCACCGAUAACCCCUAAAACAGGGUCCGAGCAGUUGGCGUCCGGGCGAGGGGAGCUAUACUUGAUGGCCCGACGGGAGCUAGAGGAGAUUGCUGAGCGAUGCGGAUGGAAGGAGAAAUGGAACAAUCUCGACCUCCUCUUUGACGACGAGAAAGAGGCGGAUAUGGAUGAGGUGUCAUUAGAUGACGAGACGCCGAAGUCGACCGAGGAAUCACAAUCUGCUCGCACGCUUUCCGGCGUCGAACUACCUAGCCUAACUGCCGCUCUUCGGUCGAGAAAGUCAUUCCGUCACCACUACGAGACUCUGACCGACUCGAUGUAUCGGCAUCAUAUCACGGCGAAUCGCACUUACUCGGCCCAAAUGGCCCUGGCCGACAUGGCUCUCUUACGGUUCCGACAGAGUGAUUACGGCGUUGCGGCGUCUUAUUUCCAUCAGAUCACCCCGUUUUACGGCAGCAAACGCUGGAUCGUCCUGGAGGGGGUCAUGUUGGAGCUUUAUGCACGAUGCCUUCGCGAGUUGAAACGGACGGAGGAAUAUACCCGGGUGGUCCUCCGUCUCCUUGCGAAAUUCGCCGUCUAUACGCAGUCGUACUUGAGCCCCCGGCAAAAGACACUGGAUGCCUCGGCGAUAUUUGCGGAGAAGACGCUGGCGUCUCAGUAUGUCGAGGAGCUGUUCGAGGUUGCUAGCACGCUACAGAAGGAGGUUCCCGCUCCAUUGACGGAUUUCUUUGCGGAUCUAGAGGUGAACCCGGCUAUCAUACAUUAUGAGGACAAGGAUGGGUUCCAGUUGCAGCUCUGUAUACGAUUCAUGUUAGGUAAACGGAUCAACAUCGAUUCAAUGAAAAUUCGACUGGUCAGUGGCAGCAGUGGCCACGCCAGUGAACAUUGGGUCGAGGCUCCGACUAAAACCACCAUCAAAUCAUCCCCGACCAAGAUUCUGGUCGACUCCACGACUACGCUACACGGCAAAUACUUUGUUGACCGGGUUGAAGUGCGAGCGGGCAACAUCCUGUUCACCUGGGGUGGUGGGAAGCACGCAUCUCUUCCAAUUGGAUUCAGGGAAGCUGUAGAUGCCGAAGAGGAUCGGCAAUCUAUCUACUGCUACCCACCCCCCCGAGGACUUCAGGCCAAGAUCGAGUCACCUCAUAUGAUCAACCUAGAGGAAAUGCGAACACUGGAGCUGGCGCUGAACAGCGGAUGGAACGACAUCAAGGCGGGCAACAUUCGCGUGCGGCCUGCCACGGCUGGGUUGCGAUUGCGUAUCACCGAAGCCCAAGUGGUGGAGGGAGAUAUUAAAAUCACCGCCAACGGUGAUGGCGGAAACAUUGAAUUCACCAAUCUGGCACCGGACUCGUUCGUCCGAUUCAGAAUUCCUUAUACCGUCGAGGAGCAUCACCCGAUACUCUCCGCUCGUGCCGAAGUUGGAUACGAGACCGGCCACGGGCGAUUCUCAUACUGCUCGACCCAUAAUGUCAACUCGGCCCUUCCGAUCAGCGUGAACGUGCAGGACACAUUCAAAGACCGCGUGCUUUUCUCUCGCUUCACCAUCAGCCCGGCCAUGAUGAUCCCGCUGCGGAUCCUGAAAUGCGAGAUCCCCAGCUCGGACAUCUACCAGGUGCAAUCCAACAUCGGCGAUUCGACGGCGCUCAGCGUGUUCCCCAAGCAGCCCGCCUCGCUGCUGUACAAGAUCCAGCAGCGGGAAGACAGCGUGCAGUCACCGGGGUCAAGGCGGUCCCUCCGGCUCAGCGUGGAUUUCACCUGCGUGGACGACGAGUGCUUGAACGCCAUCGAGGAAACCUUCCGAAGCAGUAUUGCGGAGAGCAAGUUCCGACCGUACACGGCACUGCUGACGACGCACCUCCUGGAGGCAUUCCGCACGCAGGUGCCGACGUCGGAAUUGGAGAUCGUCGGGCUGGUGCGCGAGGUGGAAACGCUGCCGUAUGCCAGCGUGAGAUGGGAAGGAUUAUUGGAUACGCUGAAGGAGCCCAUGCAGGAAUUGAAAGCAUGGCUCCAAGAAUGGCACCAGGACCAUCCCACGAUCAGUCUCCCCAACCAACCAUCCAUUCCACGUCGCCACAUCGUCAUCCCCGUGGACAUCCCGGAGAUCCAGGUCGUACACACGGCGGAGCUGCAGCUCACGAAUCUCGUCGAUCAGCCACCACACGCCGCCGUGGGGCAGAUGAUCGCCGCCGAACUCCGGCUGCGACAUACGAGACGGUGGUGUUCGCCGCAGCAUCGCGAGAACGGCGGCGGCCCGCUGGAAUUCUCGUAUGAGAUCCACGCCAACCCGGACCUGUGGCUGGUGGGCGGGCGACGACGCGGCAACUUCACGGCCGACGAGGGCGAGACGACGACGUUCGCCGUGAUGCUGCUGCCCCAGAAACCGGGUCACCUGCUUCUGCCGGGGGUGGAGAUCCGCACGUACGUCCCGGCGUCGAGUACGAGCUCGACCACGUCGACGACUGCGGCGACGACGACCAACGCAGCGGCAGUCAGCGGACCGGCGGGGCUGCAGCGGCGGCAGAUCGCGUGCGAGGUGGACUAUCGCAACCACGGCGAGACGGUGCAGGUGUUACCGGAUCUGCGGGCGACGACGGUCAGCCUGAGUCUGUCGGGAGGCAGCCACGGGGGCGCCUGGCUGAUCGACUCGGAGCGACGGGUGCAUGUAUAGCGGGUGAAUGCCAAUGCCUUGACGAGAUACCGCGGACUACGAUGUAUAGUAUAACGAAGCGUGCCGACUAGACAGUACAGUAGAAAUGCGAAGCAUACGGAGUAUAGAGGGAUGCAGUAUUCGGCCGGGAGAUGCAA